AUGGACCAUACACCGAGGUAAGCUGACUGUUUGAUGGUUUGCACAAAGCUCAUCUUGCCACCAAGUCUCUGCACACGUCAAAGCAGGACUCACAAGAGCAUACGUGCUGCCGUUGAACCUGACGGCGGUGGAGCGCCCUUCCUCCAUUCUACCACUACACCCAGACUCUCGCUCUGUCCCGCGCUGGUCGCUCCCAACAUUUGUCCAAUUCAACGACGCCGGUCGUCUGCAACACCUACCAUUUGUGACUCCACUGACAUCCUUGCUGACAAAGGUACUGUCGAAGACAGUAGGGCUUGAGACCGCCACUAUUCAACCAAGCAUUCCCUCGCAUCGACAACCUCGUGCAGUCGGCAAACGGCACGAGAUGAAAAGGUACCCUGUCAUGCUUCUGUGCUCGUUUGCACUUUUUGAGCGUACAGCUGCUGCUAGUCUCGCAGAGUUGUUUCACGCGGAGAAGAUGCUUUCACAGGAGCCCAAGGUGAUUGCCAGUGAGCCAAUGGUGAUCGCUCAUGAGCCGAAAGUCACCAAGUCUAGGCCCGAUGAGGUAAAAGCGUGAGCAACAGCAGUGCCAGAGCAGCAAGCAAAACAUGGCUAAUGUUCUGUCGCAUCGCUGUAAUCCGACGACAGGAUACAGUACAAGACAACGAUCUACAGACCUGGCAGACUUACGCCGGAGGGUGAGCGGAUGGCCAUACCGUACCAUAUCCAUGAGUACGAUGCGAGAACAAGCCGAGGAAAGUGGACGAUGCUGAAUGGCAAUCGAAAGACGGAACCGACUUCCUGGGAUCACAUCGGUCCUAAUCACCUGGUGAGUCCAAUCGUCAUUGCUAGACAAUGUAAGAGCCGCGCACUAACCUCUACUCUGCGACCGGCGCUGACUGCCUCUGGCCGACAGCACACUGGAGAUCUAAAGCAUCUUGGAAGCUGGAAGCCGGAGGGAUUGAAGAAUCACAAUCCAAAAGUCUCCCUGUUCUACACCCAUAUGAACAGGCCGGGCUACACGGCCAAGACCGAAGUCCUCUUUUCGAAUUUUAAGAGCAUGACCAAGACGCUGCCGACAGGCCCAGAGAGGAAAGAACUGAAGAGACAGGCGUACUUGAAGAAAUCGGCCGAGGAGAAGAGGCAGGCUGCUAAUGCUCGUCGGCCCCCCAAAUAUCCCGUCAAGCCAUAA